AUGGCGGAGCCGGAGGAGACUUUUGGCCUGCAAGCCUCCUCUCCCGGUGGUUCGGAUUCGAGGGAGGUUCCGAGCGAGGGCAAAGCCGAGAAAGCCAACGGGACGUCCGGCAAGUCGCCGUCCUCGCAGACGACCUACAUCCAGCAGGUUGGUUUUCUUAUUAGUGGCAUGGAGGGGAUAAAAGUCUACCUGCACGAAAGGGAACUCUGGGUGAAAUUCCACGAGGUUGGCACCGAGAUGAUCAUCACCAAAGCUGGGAGGCGAAUGUUCCCAAGCUUUAAAGUGAAAGUUACCGGCCUGAACCCUAAAACCAAAUAUAUCCUCUUGAUGGACGUUGUCCCUGCAGAUGACCAUCGGUACAAGUUUGCUGAUAAUAAAUGGUCUGUGACCGGGAAGGCCGAGCCCGCCAUGCCCGGCAGGCUCUACGUGCACCCGGACUCUCCCGCUACAGGAGCGCACUGGAUGCGGCAGCUGGUCUCCUUCCAGAAGCUCAAGCUGACCAACAACCACCUGGACCCGUUCGGACACAUCAUCCUGAACUCCAUGCACAAGUACCAGCCCAGGAUCCACAUCGUGAAGGCGGACGAGAACAACGGCUUCGGCUCCAAGAACACGGCCUUCUGCACGCACGUCUUCCCGGAGACGGCCUUCAUCGCCGUCACGUCCUACCAGAACCACAAGAUAACCCAACUUAAAAUUGAGAACAACCCCUUUGCCAAAGGCUUCCGGGGAAGUGAUGACAUGGAACUGCAUCGCAUGUCCAGAAUGCAAAGCACCAAGGACUACCCAGUCGUACCUCGCAGUACCGUGCGUCAAAGAGUGGGCUCCAGCCAGAGUCCCUUCAGUGGCGAGGUCCAGGGCCUGGCCACACCCAGUUCCCUGAGUUCCCAGUACUCGCAGUGUGACAACGGCGUGACGAGCACCUCGCAGGACAUGCUGCCCCAGUCAGGCUCCUAUCCUCUGCCCCACGAGCAUGGCCAGGAGUACCACUGUAUCAAGAGGAAAGCGGUGGAAGACGACCCUCACUCAGGUGAGCACGGCUACAAGAAAGCCUACCUGGAGAGCUCGUCCAGCGAGGACGACCACUACUACCGCCCGCUGGGUUACGCGCAGAGCCUGGGCCUGGCCGCCGGCCCCUACCGCAACGAGUCCAGCCAACGGCAGGCCUGCAUGUACGCCGCCGCCUCGCAGGGUUCCGAGCCAGUCCCCAGCUUGGAGGACAUCAGCUGCAACACCUGGGCCGGCGUAUCGCCCUAUGGGAGCUGCUCAGUGGCCACCAUGCAGCCCAUGGAGCGGCUGCCCUACCAGCACUUCUCGGCUCACUUCACGUCGGGCUCUCUGGUGUCCAGACUCGGCGGGGUGGCGAGUCACGCCUCGGCCCAGCUGGGCGACGGUCACCACGCGGCCAUGUACCAGAGCACCAUGACGCACCAGACUUUGGGCCGCCAGUGCAGUCCCGGCGCUGGCAUCCAGUCGCCGACAGCCGGCCUGCAAGGGAACGAGUAUCUGUACGCGCAUGGCAUCCCGCGCACGCUAUCGCCUCACCAGUACCACACGGUACACAGCGUCAGCAUCAUGCCAGAGUGGAACGACAACAGCUAG